AUGGGUGACUGGAGCUUUCUGGGUAAUAUUUUAGAGGAAGUUAACGAGCACUCUACGGUGAUCGGCCGAGUGUGGCUCACAGUGCUCUUCAUCUUCCGUAUCCUCAUUCUGGGCACGGCGGCAGAGUUUGUGUGGGGCGAUGAGCAGUCUGACUAUGUCUGUAACACACAGCAGCCUGGAUGUGAGAACGUGUGCUACGAUGAGGCCUUCCCUAUCUCCCACAUCCGCCUGUGGGUGCUGCAAAUCAUCUUUGUGUCCACACCGUCUCUGGUGUACGUGGGUCAUGCCGUGCACCAUGUCCACAUGGAGGAGAAACGCAAGGAGCGUGAGGAGGCAGAACUUAGCCGGCAGCAGGAGCUGAGCGAGGAGCGUCUCCCUUUGGCACCAGACCAGGGAAGUGUCCGCACCACUAAGGAGACCAGCACAAAAGGAAGCAAGAAGUUCCGACUGGAGGGCACCCUGCUGAGGACCUACAUCUGCCACAUCAUCUUCAAGACACUGUUUGAGGUGGGCUUCGUGGUGGGCCAGUACUUCCUGUAUGGCUUCCGCAUCCUGCCACUGUACAAAUGCAGCCGCUGGCCCUGCCCCAACACGGUGGACUGCUUUGUGUCCCGCCCAACUGAGAAGACCGUCUUCAUCAUCUUCAUGUUGGCUGUGGCCUGUGUCUCACUCUUCCUCAACUUUGUGGAGAUCAGUCAUCUGGGCCUGAAGAAGAUUCGCUUUGUCUUUCGCAAGCCUGCCCCAGCCCCAGCCCAAGGUGAGGGAUCGGCCCCCCUGCCGCCACAAGGGAAGAGCCUGCCCCCCCUAGCCAUGCCCUCCCUGCCAAGAGCUAAAGGUUACAGGCUGCUGGAGGAGGAGAAAGCUCCCCCCGUAACUCACCUCUACCCGCUGGCUGAGGUGGGCAUGGAGGCUGGCAGAGGGGCCCCGCCCUUCCAGGCGCUGGAGGAGAAGGCGGAGGAAGUGCUGCCCAUGGAAGACAUCUCUAAGGUGUAUGACGAGACUCUGCCCUCUUAUGCCCAGACCACUGGGUCAGUGGGGGUGACAUUACACGAGGAGGAGCCCGAGAAGGUGCAGUUGGCCGAGGUGGAAGCGGUGGAAGCGGUGGAAGUGGUGGAAGCAGUGGAAGCGGUGGAAGUGGUGGAACCAGAGAGGGUGGAGGAGGUUGUGGAUGAGGAUGUGGAGGUAGAGGAGGCAGUGAACGGGGAGGUGGUAACUCCAGCUGAGGCAGGGAUGGAGGCCACGGAUACGAUAGAAGACACCAGACCGCUGAGCCGACUGAGCAAAGCCAGCAGCAGGGCCAGGUCAGACGAUCUCACUGUAUGA